AUGAUCUGUAGAUGGAUUGUACUCAAUUCAAGCAAAGUGUCUCGUAUUCUCUCUCCUUUCUCUUCCCUCUUAUCCUCUAAAUCAUCCUUCUCCGUCGCGAAACUCGACGAUGAGCCAAAUACCUCAACCAAUUUCUCAUCCGAUCAUAGAGAUUGCUUCGAUCAGGAGAUUCUCUUCGACAUGAAGAAUUUAGGGUUCCGAGAGUACCUCCACGGCCAACACUUUCGAGGCUUGGUUUCCGAUUUGAGGCAAACUCACGUCGAAGACGUAAUGGGUGAAUUGAUGGCUGAAAGCCCAGAUCUUUCAGUUUGGUUUUUCAAAGAGCUGAUAGAUGUUUAUGGGUUUCGCCAUUCGAGGUUUUCCACAUUGCUGGUUUCCCACAUUUUAGCCGCUCAAAGACGUUUCAAUGAGCUCCAAGUGAUUCUCCAACAUCUUCUCCAAGAAGAAGGCUCUGGCUCAGCUUACUUGCUAUGCGAGCUUCUCUCUAGUAGCUUCAGAGAGUGGGACUCUACAGGACUAGUUUGGGAUAUGUUGUUGUUUCUUACGUCGAGGUCUAAAAUGGUUGAUGACUCCCUCUAUAUCCUGGAAAAGAUGAAGGAUCUGAAACUGAAUGUGUCGACACAAGCAUACAACUCUAUCUUGUAUAACUUUAGACAGACAGAUAAGUUGUGGGAUAUGUACAGAGAAAUCGAUGCCAAGAACGAGCAUACAUACUCAACGGUUGUAGAUGGAUUGUGUAGGCAACAAAGGGUAGAAGAUGCAGUUUUGUUCCUCCGGGAUUGUGAGUGGGAAGAUGUUGGGCCUUCUGUAGUUUCUUUCAAUAGUAUAAUGUCAAGUUACUGUAAAUUGGGUUUGGUAGAUACUGCAAAGUCGUUCUUCUGUACAGUUUUGAAAUGUGGGUUAGUUCCUAGUGUAUAUAGUCACAACAUACUCAUCAAUGGACUCUGUGUGGCUGGCUCUAUCGGAGAAGCUUUAGAAUUGGCUGGUCACAUGAGUCAGCGUGGAGUGGAGCCUGAUACUGUGACAUACAACAUUCUUGCGAAAGGGUUUCAUCUCCUCGGUAUGAUCAGUUCGGUUUGGGAGGUUAUUCAAGAAAUGGUGGAUAGAGGUUUGAGUCCUGACGUCAUUACAUACACGAUAUUGCUAUGCGGGUAUUGUCAGUUGGGAAACAUUGACAAGAGUUUGAGAUUGCUGAAGGAUAUCUUGUCGAGGGGAUUGGAGUUGAGCAGUGUCAUCCCUUGCAGUGUGAUGCUCAGUGGUUUAUGUAAAACAGGACGGAUCGAUGAAGCUUUGUCGCUGUUCUAUGAAAUGAAAGCCAACGGUCUCAGGCCUGAUCUUGUGGCGUAUUCCAUUGUGAUUCAUGGACUCUGCAGGUUAGGAGAGUUUGAUAUGGCUGUUUGGCUUUACGACGAGAUGUGUAACAAAAGAAUCCAUCCGAAUUCGAGGACGCGUGGUGCUAUGUUGCUUGGUUUGUGUCAGAAAGGGAUGCUACUUGAGGCAAGAGCGUUUCUUGAUUCUCUGGUUUCAACUGGCUCCACUCUGGAUAUCAUUCUGUACAAUAUCGUCAUUGACGGGUAUGCAAAGUCUGGUUGCAUUGAGGAGGCUUUGGAGCUGUUCAAGGUAGUGACUGAGAGUGGUGUAACUCCUACUGUUGCGACUUUCAAUUCUUUGAUUUACGGUUACUGCAAGAUCCGGAACAUAGGUGAGGCUAGGAAGAUCUUGGAUGGCAUCAAGCUAUAUGGACUGGUUCCAAGCGCUGUGAGUUAUACAACUCUGAUGAAUGCUUACGCUAACUGUGGAAACACUGAGAGAGUAGAUGAUUUGCGAAGGGAAAUGAAAGCAGAAGGAAUCUCACCAACCGAUUUCACCUACUCGGUGAUGAUUAAAGGACUUUGCGUAGCCGGGAAGCUUGAGAAAUGCGAGGAGGUACUCAGGGACAUGAGUGAUGAAGGUAAAACUCCAGAUCAGAUCACUUACAAUACAGUUAUUCAGUAUCAAUGCAGUGUUAAGGAUUUAUCCAAAGCAUUUGAGUUAUUUGAAGAAAUGAAACUUCGAAAUCUUGAUCCUACGCCUGCAACUUAUAAUAUUCUAAUGGACGGCCUCUGUUUGUACGGUUACAUAGAGGAUGCUGACAGGUUUCUCUGUUCGCUUCAGGAGCAGGGUGUAGAUUUGUCUAAGUUUGCUUAUACCACAUUGAUCAAGGCACACUGCGUAAAAGGUGACCCUGAAAUGGCAGUGAAGCACUUUCUUCAGCUUCUAGACAGAGGAUUCGAUGUUACAAUCAGGGAUUACAGUGCGGUGAUCAAUCGUCUGUGUAGGAGACGAUUGGCAAACGAGGCUAAAUUCUUCUUCUCUCUAAUGUUGUCUCGUGGUAUAUCGCCUGACUUGGACAUUUGCAGAGUGAUGAUUAAGUCAUCAGAUGUGGCUGCCUGGAUAUUCAAAUCGGGUUUGUUGCCUGAUUAG